AUUUAGAAUAAGUCAUCUUAUGUGAUGUUUGCUCGAGUUGCUCUAUUUCAAAUCCUAAACUUUCAACUAACUAUUUUUAUUUCUCAACCGUCCAUCUAUUCCAACAAUUUACCAUUUAAUACAAAUCCUAAAAACUAUAAUAUCCAAUUUCUUAUCGUUAUCCUUCGAAAUAAAAUCGUUCAAAUCCGAUCUCACCUAAUUAACCUAGCAUUGUUGGAACAAAUAUGAAAUAUCCAUCACUCCAAGCAAGACCGUUGUUUCUUUUGUUAUAUGUUCUAAUCGACUUGGAUAAGUUCAUACCGUUAGGGGGAACAGAAAAAAGACGAAUAUAAAAUCACGAAGAGGACGUGGGCAAGUUUUCAUUCAUGGCUUUGAUUGGCUUCCUUUUGGCAGUUAACUUGUCCCCUAGAACCGCUAUCAAGAAUAUCCCUUCCCUUUUCCCCGCCAUUUUGCUUUCCUUCCUUCUCCCCCUUCUUCUUCUUCCAAUUGAUAUAUACAGAAAUCACAAAACGACAAAUCAAUCUUCCUCUGCAAACCCAACAAUGGAGGAAGAUCUCUUCUCCAGCACCGGCUCCUCCUCCCCUCCGCCGCCGCACCCUGCCUACCACCGCUCACGCUCUCGCCCAACCCAGCCUGCCGCCGCCGACAGAAUCUACCGCGCGCUCCGCCACCACCUCCGCCUCCUCCACCGCUCCAACUCCGACUUCCACGUGCUGGGCGCCACGGGGAACGUCUACACCGUCUCCAUAACCGCCGUCCCUUCCUGCACCUGCCCCGACCGAAUCUCGCCGUGCAAGCACAUCUUCUUCGUCCUGAUCCGCGUCCUCGGCCUCUCCCUCGACGACCCUUCCCUCCGCCGCCGCAACAUCCGCCCUUGCCUCCUCCACCGCCUCCUCUGCACCCCUUCCUCCCCUGAAUCACUCGCCUCCCCCGCCCUCCGCCGCACCUUCCACCACCUCUUCCAGACCCGACUCCGCCUCCAAAUGGCGGCGGAGGCGGAGGAGGAUGGAGGCGGUGAUCCGGCGAAUCGGCGGCGGAGUGGGGUCGAGGUGGAGGAGGGCGCCACGUGUCCGAUUUGUCUUGAUGAGAUUGUUGCUAAAAAAACAGGGGAAGAAGAAGAAGAAGCAGAGGAGGGGUCGUUUGAAGCGUGCGGCACGUGCGGGAAUUUGGUGCACGAGGAGUGCUUGAGGAGGUGGAAGAGGAGCCGGGGGAGGCGUGGAGCCACCUGCGUGAUUUGCCGGUCGAGGUGGAGAGCCAGAGGUCACCGCCGCCGGCGUCAGGACAAUGAUGAGUACUUGAAUUUGGGGGCUUAUGUUAGUGAAGAUAGUUCUUCUACUUGUGGGUUGGUAAUGGGCGAUAGUGGCGGUGGCCGGAUUUUCUUCGCUCCCUGAAUUGAUCAUAUCGUGAUCCACAGC